AUGGGCCUCAAGGAACGCUUUGGUGUCAAGUCGACUGAGACUGCGAGCGAGACAACCGGCGCCGAUGUCCUCCCCAACGCUGCAGGCACAGAACGCGAGCUGCGCCGGUUCAGGCGCCAGCACCAGUGGGAUCCCUUCCUGGACGUCGACAAGCUCGACAACAUUGACGAUGCUCUCACCUCUGGCAAUGCCGAGAAGGAGGCUGCCAUUGACGAGUCGCUGAUUCAGGAGAACUCGCCUUACGCCGAGGUCCGCAACUCGGUUCCCCCCGUUGACCACGAUGUCCCCGUCAACACGCUCCGGGCCUGGACUAUUGGAGCUCUUCUCUGCACCGUCGUGGCCGCUUGCAACGUCUUGCUCAGCAUGCGUCGCACCCCGAUUUCCAUCUCAUCUACUGUUGUCCAGUUGAUCGCCUACCCAAUUGGUUGCGGCUGGGCCAAAUUCAUGCCCGUCAAGACAUUCAAAAUAUUCGGUCACACUCUUGAGCUCAAUCCCGGUCCCUUCAAUACCAAGGAGCAUACCAUCAUCACCAUGAUGACGGCCGCUGGUAGCUCUCUCAGCUACGCCAUUGACAUUCUGCUUGCACAGGAAAUUUUCUACAAGCAGGAAUUCAAGUGGGGCUUCCAAAUUCUUCUCAUGCUUUCCACCCAGGCCAUGGGCUUUGGCGUCGCUGGUAUUGCUCGAAGGUUCCUUAUCUGGCCGUCGUCAAUGGUUUGGCCUGCUACGCUCAUCACCUGCACGGUCAUGUACUCUCUUCAUGACCAUCGCCCGUCCGAUCCCUCCACCACGAACGGCUGGAAGAUUGGCAGAUACAGCUUCUUCCUUCUUGUUGCCGGCUGCACUUUUGCGUGGGAAUGGUUUCCUCUGGUCAUUGCUCCUUUCCUGAGCUAUUUCAUGUGGCCUACUUGGAUUGCUCCAAACAAUGUUGCUGUCAACCAGGUUUUUGGUGGCAACACUGGCUUCGGUCUUAUGCCAAUGUCCCUUGACUGGGCUACCGUCACUGCUUUCUUAAGCUCACCGCUCCAGACGCCUGCUUUUGCCAUUCUCAACGUCUGUGCUGGCAUCUGUCUUAUGACGAUAGGUGCUGCUGGUCUGGCCUUUGCUGGGCCUGAAUACUACCGAUACCUUCCUAUCAGCGCCAACAAAAAUUUCGACAGAUAUGCAAAGUCCUAUAACACGACCCGUAUCCUCACCCGAGAAUUUACAGUCAACGAGACUGCCUACCAGCAAUACUCACCUAUUCUCCUCGGUCCUACCUUUUCCCUCUCUUAUGGCUUAGGCUUUGCUGCACUUAUAUCUACUGUGAUGCACGUCAUCCUCUUCUAUGGAAGGGACGUAUGGAGCCGUGCUAGAAACUCACAACACGAUGAGCCUGAUGUGCAUAUGAAGCUCAUGCGCAAGUACAAGGAAGCCCCCGAAUGGUGGUUCGCAUGUAUUUUUGCAGUCAGCUUCGCCUUUGGCAUGAUUGCCUGCCAAGUCUGGGACACCCAUCUACCCUGGUGGGCAUACAUUGUGUGUAUUCUUAUCGGCGCCAUUCUUUUCAUCCCAAUUGGCAUGGUUCAGGCCAUCACCAACCAGCAGACCGGCUUGAACAUCAUUACCGAAAUGAUUAUAGGAUACAUGAUGCCCGGGCGUCCCGUCGCCAUGAUGUUGUUCAAGAGCUACGGGUACAUGCUGUCAUACAACGGAUUAAACUAUAUUUCUGACAUGAAGGUCGGCCACUACAUGAAGAUUCCUCCUCGCAGCAUGUUUGCUGCUCAGGCGUUUGCUGUCAUCUGGCUAUCAUUUGUCCAGAUUUCCGCCUACAACUUCCUUCGCGGCAACAUUAGCGAGAUCUGCACCGAAGAUCAGAAACAGGGUCUAACCUGCCCUAACGCGCGAACUUUCUAUAACGCGAGUGUCAUCUGGGGUGUCAUUGGCCCAAAGAAGGUCUUUGGUGCCGGUGGAAUUUACUCUUGGACAAACUGGUUCUGGUUCAUUGGCUUUAUUUGCCCCGUCAUCCAGUUUCUGGUUGCCCGGAGGUACCCUCGCAGCUGGGCACGCUAUGUCAUUACGCCUGCUCUUUUUGGUGCCGCUGGCAUGAUUCCUCCCGCUACCCUCUACUUCCUCUUCCAGUGGGUCAUUGUUGGUCUCGUCUUCAACCUCUUCAUCCGCAGGGCUUUCCUUGGAUGGUGGAGUCGUUACACGUAUGCUUUAUCUGGUGCCCUCGAUAUCGGCACUGCUCUUUGUACCGUCGUUACUGGCCUUGGUCUUGGCCUAAGCAUGACGGAUAUGCCGGACUGGUGGGGGACCACUGUCUGGCAGGACACGUUGGACUUCCAUGGCAAAGCCGUGACAAGGGCGUUCAUUCCAAAUGUAACCAAGCCUCUCGGCCCCGACACGUGGUGA